AUGUCUUCUCUCCUUCCCACCCUCGCCGUCCUACUAGGCGUCACAGCCGCCCUCCCCAGCGGCAGCAUCGACGCCCGGGACUCCUCAGCGGACGGCCCGGUCCGCAUCCUCCCGUACAACUGGCAAUUCAACAUAACCGCCCUGUCAGGGCCGGGCUGCCCGGACUUCAGCACCACGGGCGAGCCCUUCACGACGCGGCCGACCUUCGGCUCCAACACGGUGGACGGCUCCGAGAUCUACUACUGGCACUUUGCGUACCCGCACCUGCGCGCGGCCGUCGGCGCCGACAAGCGGGAGGACUCGGUCUGGUGCGAGACGACGCUGCAGUACACCGAGCUCGACGAGCACGGCCAGCCCCCCGCCGUGCCCGGGUACCGGCUGAAGCUGCACACCAACGCCACGGAGAUGAUCGCCGCGUAUGACCUGGAUGAGGGGGUCGAGGUGAACUGGAAGUUUACGUUUGAGACGGCUGACGGCAAGCAGAUCGUCGACGAGAUCUCCAUCCAGGGCCCGCGGUUCUCGACCGAGGACACCGAUUAUUCGCCAGAAAAGAAGCUGGUGCAGUGGGCGCUGCCGGGGUGCGGUACCGGAACGAUCAAGUACAGGACCGAGCUCACGGUGAGGGCGAAGAAGGACGGGGCCAAGGGAUCGGUCAGCUCGGAGCAGGUGAACUACCAGGGCAAGCUCGAGUACUAUGGGGCUCAGCAGGGGGUGAGCUACGAUUGGGAGAAGUGCACUGCUUAA